CGAAGAUAUGACUCCCGGACCACUAUAUUUUCACCAGAGGGUCGCUUGUACCAAGUUGAAUAUGCCAUGGAAGCUAUUGGACAUGCAGGCACAUGUCUGGGAAUUCUAGCAAACGAUGGUGUGUUGCUGGCAGCAGAGAGACGCAACAUCCACAAGCUUCUGGAUGAAGUCUUCUUUUCUGAAAAAAUUUAUAAACUCAAUGAGGACAUGGCUUGUAGUGUUGCAGGUAUAACUUCUGACGCUAAUGUUCUGACUAAUGAACUGCGACUCAUUGCCCAAAGAUAUUUAUUACAGUAUCAGGAGCCAAUUCCCUGUGAGCAGUUGGUGACAGCACUGUGUGAUAUCAAGCAAGCUUAUACACAGUUUGGAGGAAAGCGUCCCUUUGGUGUUUCACUACUGUACAUUGGCUGGGAUAAACACUAUGGCUUUCAACUCUAUCAGAGUGACCCCAGUGGGAAUUAUGGGGGCUGGAAAGCCACAUGCAUUGGAAAUAAUAGUGCUGCAGCUGUGUCAAUGUUAAAGCAAGACUACAAAGAAGGCGAAAUGACUUUGAAGUCAGCCCUGGCUUUAGCUAUCAAGGUGCUAAAUAAGACCAUGGAUGUUAGUAAACUUUCUGCUGAAAAAGUGGAAAUUGCCACCCUUACAAGAGAGAAUGGAAAGACAGUAAUCAGAGUUCUCAAACAAAAGGAAGUUGAACAGUUGAUCAAAAAACAUGAGGAGGAAGAAGCAAAAGCUGAGCGUGAAAAGAAGGAA